AUGUCUACGCCAGCGCCAAGUAUCGAAAUGAGUCCACCACAGUCUCUUCCUCCCGAUGCUUUUGACAAUAAUGGCUAUAAGGCUAUUACAGCUGCCGUGGUUGGCCUUUUUUUCGCAACCUUAGCUUCCGCCUUGCGCUUUUACGUCCGUGUAGCCAUAGUUAGGAAGCUCGGCCUCGAUGACUGGGCCUUGGCAGUAACUUGGACUGGCAUCAAGACCUUGCUCAUGGGGGUCGGAAUUACAGCCGCUUUAGUUACGAGAUCUGGUCUUGGUCGUCAUAUAUACGUCCUUGACAGUAAAGAUAUUAUCUCCUUCGACUUGAGUAGAGCUGCAGCAAGAGAAUGCAUCAACAGGCUACUCUUUUGGUAUAUCAACUCAACCGUCAAUAUCAUUACAGACAUUAUCAUCUACAUCGUUCCUCUUCCCCUUCUGAGGACAUUGCCUAUCAGAAAGUUCCAGAAAAUUGUCCCAGUUGGCGUUUUCUCGCUAGGAUUCUUGUAA